AAAUUGCGGAGAGCGUGGAACCCAAAACAUCCAUAAAAAAACGAGAAGCCUCAAAUCACUUCCAUCUCCGGCACACCUUCCGGCAAUAUUAAUUGUCAUCAAUGGCCCUUCUCUCCUCCGUCUCUUCUCUCCUACCCUUCUCUUAUGGGGCAAAUAGACUAACUAGUAAAGCCUCUUUCGCUUCGAUAACUUCUGGAUUCAAUCUCUCUUCUCGUUGGAACUCAACCAGAAACGUCCCUAGGUUGCAUCUUUCGAGGGCAGUGACAAACAGCAGUGGCAACACAGAGGUUUCUGAGAAUGAAGCAGCUCCUAGGACUUACACUUGGUCUGAUAACAAGAGGCCAAGGGUGUGCAUCUUAGGUGGCGGGUUUGGAGGAUUGUACACAGCUCUGAGAUUAGAAUCGCUUGUGUGGCCUGAUGACAAAAAACCCCAGGUGGUUUUGGUUGACCAAUCCGAACGUUUUGUGUUCAAGCCGAUGUUGUAUGAACUUCUCUCUGGAGAAGUUGAUGUGUGGGAGAUUGCUCCUCGUUUCUCGGAUUUGCUUACAAACACGGGGAUCCAAUUUCUCCGAGAUAGAGUAAAAACAUUGCUUCCUUGUGACCAUUUAGGAGUGAAUGGGUCUGAAAGUUUCGUUACUGGAGGAACCGUCUUGCUUGAAAGUGGUUUUAAAAUUGAAUAUGAUUGGUUGGUUCUUGCUCUUGGCGCUGAAUCUAAACUCGAUGUUGUUCCCGGCGCAAUGGAGUUGGCUUUCCCAUUCUACACUCUUGAAGAUGCUAUUAAGCUUAACGAAAAGCUGAAUAAAUUGGAGAGGAAGAAUUUUAAAGAUGGCUCUGCCAUAAAAGUUGCUGUUGUUGGCUGCGGUUAUGCAGGAGUAGAGUUGGCGGCUACCAUAUCUGAGAGACUGCAAGAUCGUGGAAUAGUGCAGUCCAUUAACGUAUCAAAGAAUAUACUAACAUCAGCCCCUGAUGGGAACAGGGAGGCGGCCAUGAAGGUCCUUAUGUCGCGAAAAGUCCAAUUACUCUUGGGCUAUCUUGUUCAAUCCAUAAAGAGAGCAAGCGACUCAGAAGAAGAUGAAGGAUAUCUGUUAGAGCUUAAGCCCGCAGAAAGAGGCUUAGAGAGUCAAAUUAUUGAAGCAGAUAUAGUGUUAUGGACAGUCGGUGCUAAGCCUUUGCUUACCAAACUUGAACCCUCGGGUCCCAAUGUGCUUCCUCUGAAUGCUAGAGGACAAGCAGAAACAGACGAGACCCUCCGUGUUAAAGGACAUCCACGGAUUUUUGCAUUAGGUGAUUCUUCUUCUCUAAGAGACUCUAAUGGAACGCUUCUUCCUACAACAGCUCAGGUUGCUUUUCAAGAAGCAGACUUUACUGGCUGGAAUAUAUGGGCAGCCAUAAAUAACCGACCAUUAUUACCAUUCAGGUUUCAGAACCUAGGUGAGAUGAUGACUCUUGGAAGGUAUGAUGCUGCUAUUUCGCCAAGUUUCAUUGAAGGGCUUACACUUGAUGGUCCAAUUGGUCACGCAGCAAGAAAAGUGGCGUAUCUGAUUAGACUACCAACUGAUGAACACCGGUUAAAGGUCGGAAUCAGUUGGUUUGCUAAAUCUGCUGUUGAUUCCAUUGCUUUACUUCAGAGCAACCUGACCAAGGUUUUGUCUGGUUCAUGAUCUCUCUUUUUUUUUAGUUUUGCUCUGGAUAUUAUAUCGUUGUUGUAUGAAAGAAAAAUUUGCCACUUUGUGUGCUUUGUUGGAAAAUCAUUUGUAUAAAAUAAAACUGACUCUGUGUGAGACACAAACAGGUCAUAUCAAUGCCAAUGAGAAAGUUGGAAACAAAAGAUUUUGUCGUUGA